AUGCCGAUAUUUAACAAACAUAAGCAACCUCGAGAAUGUAUAAUAUCGAUUUAUGAUAACUUAACCGUUCUUGACAAUCCGAAUAAAAACGACAAAGACAGGCGUAAGGCUGUGGAUGAAAUCGCGAAAGCACUCAAUACCCUGCGAGAGAAUCUGACAGAAAGGCCUGAUACUCGUGUUUCGGGAAAAGACAAAGAUAUUGAUUUCACAAGCAACGAGCGGGCUCGCAUAAGUGAAAUCAUAUCAGAUGUUACGCAAGAAAUGAUCAAUCGCGAUAUGCUCCCGCUUUUACUUUCCCAUUUGGAUGCUAUAGAAUUUGAGAGCUGUAAACAAGUUGUCGAGUUGUGUGGACACAUUUUACGAAGGCCUGCCCGCUCUUUCAAUCCAAUGGCACAGUAUCUUGUGGAACAUCAGGACAUAUUAAAUACCUUGCUUAUGGGAUAUAACAAACCGGAGACUGCAAUCCACUACGGAGCGGUGCGUUUUUGUUUUCUCAUUCUACUGAUUGGCAAAGUUAAUUGUAGAAAUUCUUUUGAUUUAAAUCAAUAA